AUGAAGGACGUGGACCUGAUCCACAGGAACAGUGUCAAGUACAAUGGGGCAGACAGCCCCUUCACAUGUACCGCUGACGAGGUCGUCAGGUCGUGUAAGCAAACUCUCGAUGAGUACGACGAGCACCUGACGCAGCUGGAGAAUGACAUCUGCCACGCCCAGGAGGCGGCCAUCGCUGCCGCCAUGCAGGACGAGGAUCAGGACGGCAGCAACCUGCCCUCCAACCCUAACAGUCCACAGCCUGGUGAUGGAGAUAUGGAGGAGGACAGUCUGAUGGACAACACCACCACGGCUCACGAUGAGAGCUGGGAGAGCGCCCCGCCCAUGGAGCCGCAGCCCGGCCCGUCACGGGAGUCAGUUGGAGACUCAGACUUCAUCGACGUGGUGGGAGACGAGGAAGCCAUGGUGACGGACCGGUCCAAGCGUGUGAGGGGGGAGGAGGGUACAGGUAAGCAGGGGGACAGUUGA